AUAACAGUACGUGCGGGUGUUUUCGCGGGCGCGUUGACGUUGCCGUUCGCUUCCCAUCUACAGUUAGUUCUUGCCUAGCUGUUGGCGCGCCUGGACAACGCAAACUGCGUUUGGAGUGUUGCCCUUAAAAAUAGCCAAAUAUUUUAUAGCAACAACUCUUGUCAAUUCAUUGCUGUGGUGUGUGUGUGUGCGUCGCAGCUGGUAAAAAUUAAAAUAUGUCAAACAACACGAAAGCUCGUGCCAACCGAACGUGGCAAAAAGAACCGUUAAAAACAUUAAAUUAUCACAUAUAUAGUAACAGCAGCAAAGAACUGUAACGGUAAAUACCAGUGUAACUGCAACUGCAUCGCCAACGGCAACGACAACGGCAACUCCCCUCUUGGCAGCCGGCAAAUGAUCAGGCGAAUUAAAACUGAAAGUUCGCCUCGAAUUGUCGCCUAAUGAGCAUGGAACAGAGGGAGGGCAUACAAAGUGUCGCCGCUGCCGUGCGGUACGUUCGCGUUUCGGGAGCCAUCCACUGGAGUUGCUCCAGAGAUUAAAUAAAAGUAUGGAAAAACCUGUAGUAAAUAUAAUACCGCUUAGUCGGCUCGCCAUGCCCCCAAACAACCGCCCAUAGCGUAGCGCAAUCAGAUGGUGUUAAGAACUUUAUAUGUAUACAGAGUAUAAUGCUUGUAAAGCAAAUUGUGAAUAAAGCAAAAGAAGAAAAUUGAAAAAUUGAAAAGUUGCAAUCAAAACCAAACGAAUGAAAUCAAAAUACCGAAGACAAGUGACAAAACCCACACGCAAGAAACAAGAACAACAACAACAGCAGCAGCUGCUGCAGCAACAACAACAUAAACAACACAACAAGAAAAAGAAGAAGAAUAAGAACUAAAUAACACACACCAAAAUGACUGGAAGUCUCAGCAACAAAAUGGCACUGGGCAAAUCCAUCAAAAUGUACCUGACCAUAUUCGUAGCCACGACCUGCAUCUAUAUGCUGCUCUAUCAAUAUCAUAUGUCCCGACCGCCGCUGGCCAGCAAUGAGGUCGUCAAGCAUCCAGAAAAAACAUCAUUACCAUCAUCAUCAUCAUACAUCGCUUCAUAUUUGUGGGCGCCCAUGGUAAAUAGCUCCGUCAUAAAUGCCACCAUGGGAGUAGAACAGAUACAGGUACAUGGACAGGUACAGGUGCAUGGACCAAAUACCACUGACUCUUCCGCUCCUGCCUCCGCCUCAGUCUCUGCAGCAGCAUCCGCGUCUAGCUCUGGGGCAACUCAUUACUCGACGGUUUCAUUGCCACAGGCAUUGUCAUCAGACGCCAAUCUCAAAAGCAUCGCUACAACUACAACAACAACAACAACAGUUGCUGCAACAGUACCAACCACAACAACGACAACGACAACAUCAACAACUGAAAAACUAAAAACAACAAUAGCCCAAUCCAGCCACGCCCACAAAUUAACGGGAAAAGCCGCUCAUAAAAUUCGCUCAACAUUUGUUGCCGUCUCCGAGCCCCCGCCAUUGUACAUCAUCACGCCCACUUAUCGACGCCCCGAACAGCUGGCGGAGCUGACACGACUCGGCUAUACACUGAAGCAUGUGCUCAACCUGCUCUGGCUGGUCAUUGAGGAUGCGAACAAGACAAACCCUUUGGUCGCCCACACCCUGGAUCGCAUUGGCGUGCCCUACGAGUACCUGGUCGCGCCCAUGCCCGAGCAGUAUAAGCACACUAAGAAGGCCAAGCCCCGCGGUGUCUCCAAUAGGAAUCGUGGGCUCGAUUAUUUGCGCGCCAAUGCCACCGAGGGCGUACUGUACUUUGCCGACGAUGAUAACACCUACGAUGUUAACAUAUUUGAGCAGAUGCGCUAUACCAAAAAGGUGUCCAUGUGGCCCGUGGGCCUGGUGACCAAGACCGGUGUCAGCAGUCCCAUAAUACGUGGGGGCAAACUGGAUGGCUACUACGAUGGCUGGAUAGGUGGACGCAAGUAUCCUGUCGAUAUGGCUGGGUUUGCGGUGAGCGUUAAGUUCCUGCUCGAACGGCCAAAUGCGAAGAUGCCCUUCAAGCCCGGCUAUGAGGAGGAUGGCUUUCUGCGCAGCCUGGCGCCUUUGGUGAAUAGCGAAAUUGAGCUGCUCGCAGACGAGUGCCGGGACAUACUCACCUGGCAUACGCAGACGAAAAAGAAUCCAGCCGCGCAGCCCUUCAACGUGACGCGCUAUGGAAAUACGAAUUUGGCUUAUAUUGAGAAGUUGCUGGUGCGACCGUAGGAGCAGGAGCCCCCAGUUUGUCCAAGUGUAGUAGUUAGCCCUAGAUAGGUAUUAAUAUGCGAUUACGAUUGUGUACGCAGCGAGUGAGCUCACAAAGUGUCCGCGACUUUGAACCAGUUGUACAGGUACAAUCCUGUGUUUGAGUCGUCCCUCUCUAUAUAUAUGAAUACCGACUAUCGCUAGUUUUGCACAGAGUAUAUAUACCCUGUAAAAUAUGAGUAGACAUAGACGCAUACACAUAUUAAUGUAACUUAGUUAGGCUCUAAGCGCACAAGUUUAUACGAUAUUUGAACAUAUGGCCAAGGCCUUUAUUGGUUACAGCUGCACACACUAAAUACCUUUUAGUAUUGUAUUUUAUAAUGUCCUCAAGCUAAAUACUAUA